AAGUGAAAGGAGGCCAGAGAGGAGGGAGAGAAUGUUCCCACAGAUGAGUCAGGUGAAAUGUUACAGACGUUUGAGAGACUAAGUGGUCAGAGACAUGAAGUGGAGAUGCAGUGAGGUUAGAUGUGAAGGACUGAGUGAGAAAGCAAAGGAAGAGAGUAAGGUCAUUUAGUAAAGCGGUGAAGAGCAAGGAAGCUGGAGAUGAAGUCUGUUUGUGGGAAGCCAACUACAGUUCCAGAGGCCCAGACAGGGUUUUAUUCCUCAGAGUGAUUCCUCCUGUCAGCUCGUGCUCCGCAGUUGUAGUUCCUUUACUUCCGGAACACUUCGCCACACUGUCAGAGCUGAUUCCUCCCGAGUUUUCGUUUUGUGGGCUCCGGUUUUAAAUCCGUCUGACGGCCUCUCUUACCGGAACAAAGCACCCGGGGGUCGGGGCUGCGGUCCGGUGUCGGCACCGUUAGCAAAGGAGCUAGCUGAGAGGCUAGCGCCGAGGUAGCGGGUGAAGGUUCCGGGCGACGGGCAGACGGAGCCCAGCAUGGCCGCGAAGAGCCACAGCCAAGCGGCCGAGGAGAAGAGGUCGAGCCGGAGUGACGUCAACAGGAAGCUGAAGUACAUCAGCUUGGCAGUGCUCGUGGUCCAGAAUGCAUCACUCAUCCUCAGCAUCCGGUACGUGCGCACGUUGCCAGGCGAUCGCUUCUUCACCACGUCGGCCGUCGUCAUGGCCGAGAUCCUGAAGGUGCUCACCUGUCUGCUCAUCAUCCUGCUGCAGAAGAGAUUCCACGUGAAGGACACAGUCUACUUCCUGGUUGACUCCAUCUUGUUUCAGUACAAAGACACUCUGAAACUGGCCGUUCCUUCUCUCAUCUACACUCUGCAGAACAACCUGCAGUACAUCGCCAUCUCCAACCUGCCUGCUGCCACCUUCCAGGUGACCUACCAGCUGAAGAUCCUCACCACGGCUCUGUUCAGUGUGAUCAUGCUGAGGAAGAGUCUCUCCAGAGUGCAGUGGCUGUCUCUGCUGCUGCUGUUCUCCGGGGUCGCCGUGGUCCAGAUGGAGCAGGAGGGCAAGAAGGAGGUCACGUCGGCGGCCUCUUCCACUCAGAACUACACCGUGGGCCUGGUUGCCGUGGUGAUCAGCUGCCUGUCGUCGGGCUUCGCCGGCGUGUACUUUGAGAAGAUCCUGAAGGGCAGCGCGGCCUCCGUGUGGGUGAGGAACGUGCAGCUCGGCAUCUUCGGCACAGCACUGGGCGCCGCCGCCCUCUGGUGGCAGGACGGCAGCGCGGUGGCGGAGCGCGGCGUGCUGUUCGGCUACACCGGCGCCGUGUGGUGCGUGGUGUUCAACCAGGCCUUCGGCGGGCUGCUGGUGGCGGUGGUGGUGAAGUACGCUGACAACAUCCUGAAGGGCUUCGCCACCUCGCUCUCCAUCGUGGUCUCCACGGUGACCUCCGUCUACCUCUUCGGCUUCCAAGUGGACCUACUCUUCACCGUGGGGGCGGGACUUGUCAUCGGCGCCGUCUACAUGUACAGCCUCCCCAAAGGAGCCUCCACCUCCACCUCCGCCUCCACCUCCGCCUCUGUGGCGUCUCCGACGACGGAGAUGGAGGCGUUUCUGCCAAAGUGUUCAGUUAAACAAAAAGGAUCCUGAGUGACAGACGGCUGCUGUUGCCCCCUGCUGGUACUACUAGUAUUAAUAUGUAGUUUUACUAUCUACUGCUAGUGAUCAUACUCAUGUAGCAGUAUGUACUACUGUAGUAUACUUUUAUCCCUGUAUUAUGUACAACUAAGUAUUCUACUAUACUAUCAUGUAACAGUAUUUAUAUUUUUUUUAGUUCAAGUUUAUUUAAUAGAUUUAACAAAUAUCUCAAGUAUUAUUCAUAGAACUUAUAUUGCUCUCAGCUUAUAAAUCAAAUAUUUACAACCAACUGUUUCGAUUAAAAAAGAUAUAAGAUAAGAUAUAAAUGAUUUAAUUCAAUUCAUUUUAUUUUGUAGAGCCCAAAAUUACAAAUUAGCCUCAGAGGAAUUUACAGUCUGUAGACAUGAGACAUCAUCUGUUCCAAAAACUCUCACAUCGGCACAUGAACAACUCCCCAAAAAAUGAAAAUGGGGAUAAAAGGGAAGAAACCGUAAGCCUGGAACACACCAAGCCGACGCCGACGAACUAGUGGCGACGUGAGCAAACUGCAGAAUCGGCUCACGUCGGCAGCGCCCGGGUCCAAAGUUGCCUUGUCACACCAAGCCGAUUCUCAACACCCGACGGCCAAGUAGCACGUCCGUUCUGCGCCAGCGUAAGAGGAAAUACCUUCCGUACCAGCAGGUGGCAGUAUUGGUUCGCUGGCUGAGCAGCCAAUCAGAAUGAUCAGAAGGCCCGACUGACCAACAAGCCCCGACGCCGAUUCAACAUGUCGAAUCGGCCGUUACAAAGCCGACGAGGACCUACUUCGGCUGACGGUGCGGAACACACUGAGAUUUAGUCGGCCGACGCACAAAAACUGCCCCACGGCUGACCGUCGGCUUGGUGUGUUCCAGGCUUUAGUAAGAAGGUCAGAGGAGGAUCCUUCUAUCAGGAUGGACAGACUGCAAUGGAUGUCAUGUGUGCAGAAUGAACAAUGUAAAAGAUGUACAAUACAUUCAAUUCAUCUAACAGAAAGGAUAAAAAUAAUUGCAAGUAGCAGAACAAGUGUACAGCAGGACCACUGCAGGGACAACCACCAUCAGAUAGAACCUUCAUCAGAUAGAACCACCAUCAGAUAGAACCACCAUCAGAGAGAACCUUCAUCCACAGAGGCUUCUGUGGGGAGGGAGAGCAGAAAGAUGUUUGUUUAUGAUAACAGUAAUAUGAAUCAUAUUUAAAAUAAUGCAGCAGGUGUCAUCAGAGCCAUGCUAUGAUCUACGGAGACCUGCUAAGCGAGAAAACACAAAAAGCUCCUGAAAAGAAGCUGAAUUAGUGAUGUACAUUAAUAAAACAUGGAUUAUUGUGGAAGGAGAGCGUGAGAGUGAGAGAGUGAGAGAGGGGCUCGGUGUGUCCUAAGAAGUCCUCCAGCAGUCUAAGCCUAGAGCAGCUUAACUAAGGGCUGGUCCAGGCUAACCUGAGCCAGCCCUAACUAUAAGAGGUACCAAAGAGGAACGUUCUAAGCUUUAUCUUAAAUGAACUGACCGAGUCUGCCCCCCGGACUGAAAGUGGAAGCUGGUUCCACAAAAGAGGAGCUUGAUAACUGAAGCUCUGGUACCCAUCCUACUUUUUAAAACUCUAGGAACCACAAGUAGCAUCAGCAUCUACGGAGUGUAGCUGCCUUGUAGGACAAUACGGUGUAACAAGCUCUUUAAGAUAAGACGGUGCCUCACCAGCAAGUGCCUUGUAGGUGAGGAGAAGUAAAUUAUAUUCUUGAUUUAACAGGGAGCCAGUGCAGAGAAGUUAAUACAGGAGUUAUAUGAUCCCAUUUCUUAGUUCUUGUUAAUACACGUGCUGCAGCAUUCUGAAUCAACUGGAGAGGUUUAAGCGAUUUACAAGAGCAGCCUGAUAACAAAGAAUUAAAGUAAUCCAGUCUAGAAGCAACAAAUGCAUGAACUAGUUUUUCUGCAUCACUUUGAGACAGGAAGUUCCUGAUUUGCGAUAUAUUACGUAGAUGAAAAUUCUUUAUAUGAGAGUUGAAGGACACAUCCUGGUCGAAGAGAACUCCAAGAUUUCUGACAGUGCUGUUGGAUACCAGAGCAAUUCCAUCCAUGAGACUGUAUCAUGUGACAGAUGACUUCGAAGGCGCUCUGGGCCUAUCAUGAUAACUUCUGUUUUUUCUGAGUUUAGCAUCAGGAAGUUGCAGGUCUUCCAAGUUUUGAUGUCUCCAAGACAAUCCUGAAGUCUAACAAGCUGGUUGGUGUUUAAUACGGGAGAUCCACACCCCCCCCCCCCAAAAUAUCAAUACAUCGAUGAAAUGGAUUUAUAAAUAUGAGAUAUUAAAUUAAAAAAUAUUUAUUGUGAUCUAGAACCCGAUUAUCUUCAUUUACUAAAUAUGUAUCAUUAAUGUAUUUACUAUCCUUUCAAAAUAAAAGCAAACAAUUAUUUAAAAAAAUAAAAAUGAUAUUUACUGUUAAACCUGUUAUGACAGAAUCCAGAAUUAGGAUUUUCAAAUUCAAAAAGAUGCUAAAUCGAAAUAAUGCCCUUGCAAAAAUAUCUUAAAUCAUUUUAUUCUUAAAGUGUAGUUUCUCCAAAACAAAACGAUUUGAAUGUGUCUUCUGGAGAGAAAUGAACCUCAAGUGAGUUUUUUUACAUUUGUCCAUGAGAAUGUAUUUUUCUGUUAUUUCACACUGUGGAGCGAGAUUGAAUUUAACUUCUCCAGUUUCUGAAAAAAAAAGAAAUAAUUUUGAUUGUCCAACUUUAGUCAUUUCUUUCUAAAGUCCGAUCCUCAUGAUUUUUGAUCCAUGUUUUGUUUUAUAUCCAAAGUAAAUUAAUAAAUCAUC